AUGACAAUAGCGGCAGGACCAGCAAAGGGACUGGAGUAUCUGCAUGAUAAGGCAAACCCGCCCGUGAUCUACAGAGACUUGAAAUCAUCCAACAUUCUUCUAGGCGAUGGCUAUCACCCAAAGUUAUCUGAUUUUGGGUUAGCUAAGUUAGGUCCCGUGGGCGAUAAAGGAUUAGGAAAUUUUCAAAAAAUAAUCAAACUCAAAACCAGACAUAAUAACAACUUAMUUUGA